AUGGGGUGUGUUAUGGCGUCUUACUUAUAGUUUUACAUGGAAAGCAGAAAAAGAAAGAGAAAAACAGACAGCAAACUCCAGGUCCUGUCUGUACCCCUCCAUGUUUGAAAAUCAAGAUUGUGGGUGGGCGGAUCGCAUGGACAGGAAGUUCAUCACUUAGAAUGUGUGAGUGCAGAAGUGUCUUUCACGACGAGCACAUCGACAACAUGUAUUUAAAAUGGGUUACGAACCAUCUUUUAUUUUUUACUUUCAUUUAUCUCCAUCAUACAGAUGCGGAGUCUAUCAGAGCAGUUAAAGGAGAGACUGUCCGUCUGCCCUGCCACUCACUACUUAAUGACAGUGUAGAAGUUUCUGUAGAGUGGAUAAAUAGUGCAACUAGCAAAACUAUUUGUAAAUGGAAAUUUUAUACAAAUUCUGAAUCUUAUAACACAAUGCAAUGCAUUCCUCAUGUUUCAUUCAACAGAACGUCACUAAGUAUAGAAAAUGUUCAGUUCAGUGACUCUGGUAAUUACAGCUGUAAAACAACAAGAUUAAUUCCACCACCAUCACUGGACAACAUCUCACAUGUGAAACUCCAAGUUGAAGCUACAGGUCCUCCAAGUCUGUCCCUGCUGAAACUGAACGUCAGUAAUGUCAGCUGUGUUCAUCUGCUCUGCUCUCUGGAGGCUCCGAACCCUGAGCCGGUGAACUUCACCUGGAUUCGAGCGGGUCAUGGGUCACUUUAUUCAUCCACAUCUUAUGACAUGAAGAGUUCUCUGGAGCUGUGUAAACCUGACUGGAGUGAUGGAGACACGAUUAUCUGCCACGCCAGCUACUCAAUUAACAAAAUCCAAACACAACUAAUACUCAACUCAGAGUAUAGAUCUGACAAAGCUCUGCUGCUGAUCUUAUGCAGUGCUGCUGCUGCUGGUGGCCUCGUCCUCUGCAUCAUCCUCAUUGUUGUUAUUUGCAAAUGCAAAAAGCGAAAUGAAAACGGAUCUAUAGUGUUCAGCAAUAAAGUCUAUGAGAACUUCAGUUUCGCCAUGGCCCGCCAGAACUCACAGGCCACUGCUAAACCUCAGCCAGAAGAGUGUAUUUAUGAGAACUAACUGCUGCUUACUUCAGUUUGGAGAAGCUGUUUUAAUGACAUGACAAGAGGCAUAUGUCUGGUAUCUGACCAGAGGCACAUGAUGCUGUGCUUAGUGACACAUCCGGUGGCACAUCCAGUCUUCAUUGGCGUGUUACAGUGGAUAGUGGCAUGUGCCACUGUCAUUGUAGCGAAACACUGACACCUUGGGGCUGUUUACCGUUUUCAACUAAAAACGUAAAACUUUUUAUGCGUUUUGGGUAUAUAAAACGGGUUUCAAAGUGUACAUUUUUAAAACGGUCUAGUUUCCAUGUAAGCAACAAAAACACGCUAGGCAUGUUAACAUGUUCAGGACAUGUUACUACAGCAGAAAGCUGCAGGUGUCACUCCUGGAAGUGCCACAACAUAAAGAGACAUGUCAGUUUUGGUGGCACAUGAGACUGGAUGUGUCACUAAGCAUAGCGACAUGUGCCAUUGGCUUCUGUGCGUCCGAUGCCAUGUCAAUAACCCGCUAGUGAGGAUUUAUUUAAAGCCAUGUGGGACCAGUUGUUACAAAGGCAUUAGAUUGAUGGUGCUUUGUUUUCACUGUGUUUAGCCUACUAAACUAUUUUGUGUUGUAAAAUAAAUGAUAUGAUUAUGAA